AUGGAAUCGCAAUUGGCACUUACAGGCAAGGACUACGUGCUCAUAGUGAGCGAUACAAACGCCGCCAUGUCGAUUAUACGCAUGAAGAACGACGAGGAUAAGAUGCGUGAGUUGUCUGAGCACUUGGUUAUGGCAUUCAACGGCGAAAGCGGUGAUACCCUCCAGUUCGCUGAAUUUGUUGAGCGUAAUUUGAGGUUGUACACGCUGCGCCAUGAUAUAGAGCUUCAGCCUAAGGCAGCUGCCUCGUGGAUUAGACGCCAAUUGGCAGAUUCAUUGCGUAGCAGACACCCUUACGCUGUAAAUUUGCUGCUUGGGGGCUAUGACGUGCCUUCGGACACACCUGCUCUGUUCUGGUUGGAUUACUUGGGCACUCUGGCACACGUACCGUAUGCAUGCCAUGGAUACGCUUCCUUCUUCGCAACCUCCACCUUUGACCGCUACCACAAACCAGACAUGGACCUCGAUGCCGGCAUACAGCUCAUGAAGAGAGCCACAGACGAGGUGGAGAAGCGCCUGAUUGUGAAUCCAGGUGGCUGGAAAGCGAGGCUAGUAACAAGAGACGCGACGUCGAUGAGUGAUCUAGGUGCUGCUGACUGGACUGGAAUUGAUCUGCGUAUAAACGGUGCAAACAUCUCCGACCAAUUCAACCGCAAUUGCUAUCUCCGCGGUGUCAAUCUCUCUGGCGGCUCUAAGCUCCCUUCAAAUCAAACGCACGACGACGCAGAAGACUUUUUCGACAGCGCAAACGCCUCUUUCAUUAAUCGCCCCUUCGCUCUCCCAGACGCCGCGUACCACCUCACCAAACUGCGCAACGCCGGCCACACCAUCCUCCGUCUUCUCGUCACCUGGGAAGCUCUCGAGCAUGCGGGGCUGGGAAAGUACGACUACGCGUACAUGGAAUAUCUCAAAAAGCUGUGCGGGGUAAUUGAGCAGCACGGCAUGCGCAUCAUCAUUGACGCGCACCAAGACAUCUGGUCGCGCGUCACUGGCGGCAGCGGUGCACCAGCCUGGACAGUCACAAUGGCUGGAUAUGAUUUACGUCAUCUUGACGACGCCGCCGCUGCAUAUCACUACCCGCUGCGCCAUCAGAAAGGUUCCAACUGGUCUGCCCAGCCUGGUGACGGGCUAGAGGAGGGUGUAUGGCCAAGUGGCUACCAGAAGAGCUGUGCAGCCACACUCGCCACUCUCUUCUGGGCGGGAAGUGUUUUCGCUCCAGGUCUUACUAUCGAUGGUCGUAACAUACAGCACGUCUUCCAAGAAGCGUAUAUCAGGGCAUACGCAGAAUUAGCGCGAUAUCUCUCUCCAUCACACGCUGUGCUCGCGUUCGAUCUCAUCAACGAGCCACACAGAGGGUAUAUUGAACUAGACUCCUUUGAAAGAUGGAACUACAACACCGAUCUACACAUAGCACAUGUACCUUCGCCCGUGCAAGGCAUGGCGCUGGGGAUGGGAUACCCCGUCAGCGUCGCGUACUAUGAACGCUCCUUCCCCUUCCCCACACGCAAGACGGGCGAGAGACACAUCACGCCGCGUCGCAAGGCGUUUCAGGACACGCGAUGCUGCCCGUGGUUGAAUGAGGGCGUGUGGGCGUGGAGCAGUGACAAAGAAAAACCUGUCGUCUUGCGCCAGAACUACUUUCAGUUUAACCCCGUCUCUCGUGAGCGGGUGGAAUGGUAUCGCGACUUCUAUUGGCCCUUUGCGCGCUCCUUUGCAGAUGGCAUCAGUAAAGCUGCGUACAAUGGCCAGUUGUGGAAUGUCGUUGAACCCAUUCCGAAUGAAUUCUUCCCACACGUCCCCGCACUUCUUCGCCCACAUAACCUCAUCGCUAGCCCUCAUUGGUAUGAUCUUAACAUGCUCUUCAAGAAAGUGGGAACGUGGUGGUCUGUGAAUGUACAGGGAUUGGCAAGGGGGAUGAUGAUCUGGAAUGCUCUAUACAUCGGUGAUGCGGGUCUGAGGAAGAACUACAGCGUGCAAAUUGGACGCAUAGUGCGUGAGACAAGAAGAACUCUAGGCGCGCUGCCAAUAUUCUUUGGAGAGACGGGCAUCCCGAUGGACAUCAACAACGGUGAGGGACAGUAUCAGGGAGAAUGGAGGCACCACAGAGCUGCCCUCGAUGCGCUUAUCUCCGCUCUGGAAACUCACGCCGUCGGAUACACCCUGUGGAAUUACAACCCCGAUAAUACGGAUGAAGACGGUGAUGUGUGGAACGGAGAGAAUUUUAGCUUGUUUUCAAAAAGCGCUCGCAGUGCACACUCAAACUCACAAUCAAAAUCCCUUACAGACGGCCUGCGCAUUCCUGACGUGUGGAUUCGGCCGUACGCCUGUAAAGUGAGCGGAGAGGUGUUAUGCACGGAGUACCUCGUCAGUUUGCGCAAAUAUACUCUCAGGAUGGCUGCGAGGAAAGGCACAACAGAGAUAUAUGUUCCUUCACACUACUUUGCCAGCUUGGCAGUGGAGGUGUCGGGCGGGUCUUACACCUAUAAUAAGGAAAAACAGUCUGUUUAUUGGACGACUGAGGAGGAAGAAGAGGCUACACUUACACUGCACAACCCGGAUAUCAAAGUGGAGGAAAGCUGGCUUAGCCUCUACGGCCCUCUUCUCGCCUCUCUCCUUUUCUUGGUCGCCGCUGUCGUCACAAGUAAUUUGCUCACACCAAUUAUUCUGGCUAUAAAGGAACAAAAUGCGUCGUAG